UUCAUUAAUUUAUCAUUUUAUUUAGAAGUAUUGAACGAAAUAAUUUUAAUAUCAAUUCAUUUGUAUUCUAAUUUAAUGUUCAUGUGUGCUAUCGAUUCUGACCUUCACCUUUUGUCUUCCUAGUGUAAACAGAAAGGGCACCUUUCAGGAAUUCUGAUAACCAAUUUUGUUGUGUGUUUAGUAAUAACAUGGGAGCUCGGGCAUCUAUACAGCUGCAAGACGAGGAGAUUGAAGAAAUACAAAAUGAAACAGGAUUCUCAAGAAACCAAAUUAUUAGAUUAUAUAGCCGCUUUGAAAGUUUAGAUAAAAGUGGAAAUGGAUUUCUAAGUCGAGAAGAUUUCCUUAGAAUUCCAGAGUUAGCCAUCAACCCACUUGGUGACAGAAUAGUGCAUGCUUUCUUCCAAGAAAGCAAUGAUGAGACAGUUAAUUUCAGACAGUUUAUAAAUGUACUGGCUAGAUUUAGACCUACAAAAGUUAAAAUGAGUAAGAAUAAGUUGAAUACCAGGGAAGAAAAACUGAAAUUUGCCUUUAGAAUGUAUGAUUUAGAUGGUGAUGAUAAAAUAUCUAGAGAUGAAUUAUUAGCAGUUUUACAUAUGAUGGUUGGAGCCAAUAUAUCAGAAGAACAGCUAGGAAGUAUAGCAGAUAGAACAAUACAUGAAGCAGAUACAGAUGGUGAUCUACAAAUCUCUUUUGAUGAAUUUAAACAGGCAAUGGAAAAAGUAGAUGUAGAACAGAAAAUGAGUAUAAGAUUCCUGAACUGAUUACACCUACUAACUGUACUUUGACAAUAGUAAAAGGACUACAAUCAGGAAGAAUUAGAUUUUUCUAUAUUCGGAAUAUCUGUGGUAGAUAUUUUUACUUGUGAU